AAUUUUUUGUAAUGUAUUAAAAGAUUUCAUAAGUAUUGAUUUGUGGUUUCUCCAUCAGACGGGAGUCUGACGCUAACUUUAAAGCUAUUUCUUCUUUCUUCUGGCUACGAUCCGGGUCAAGGGGAAGGAGACAACUAAACAUGUUUACAUCAUGCCACGUGUACUUCCACGUGGUCGGUUUAUAUCACCAUUGCUCCUGCAUAGCUGACACAUUUCCAUGGCUACAACCCCUCAUCUGCCGUUUCAAACUGCUUUUAUUCUCUACGUUCAUAACUAGAUAUUAGCCCUCAAAUUUUAAGGAACUGAAUUAGCCUUGUGUACAUUCAUUAGUAGCAGGGACAAAUAAUUUGUGGGGGGUUUAUUGGAUAGCUAGCAAAAACCUUUCAAUCUAAGCAGAUCAAAUCGGAGUAUGGGCUCAGAGACGUUUCUUGAAGUGUUAUUGGCAAUAUUGUUACCCCCUGUUGGAGUCUUCCUCCGUUAUGGAUGUGGGGUGGAAUUCUGGAUUGAUUUGUUGCUGACUAUACUGGGAUACAUACCGGGAAUCGUUUAUGCAAUCUAUGUAUUAGUGGGAUAGCAGGAGUUGGAUUUGUCUUUUGUAGAUCUAUUUCAUGCUUCUUAGAAUAAACUGCUAAUCUCUUGUGGUUCCUUUUCCCAGUUGGCACUUAUAUCAUGUGUAUGUUUACAAUGACCAAAUUAAGAUCUGUUUGUU